GUGAUUGGGUGAAUUUUAGCUCUGUGUAAACAUUUAAUUUGCAGUAAAUUUAAGCUUAUUGAUGUAUUGCGGUAGAUUUUAGCUCGUUAUAUAAUUAGCAUAUUGAUUUGAUUUUUUGGGGAGGUGAACGUAAGCUAGAGUUGGGUUAUGCUGUUGUUGUAGUAACAUAUUUUCCAUUGAGGAAUUGUGCCGAACAGGUUGUGGGAAGUUUGUUAUUGCAGUUAUGAUUGUGUUUGGGUAGUUGUGGGGGGUUGGUCUUGGAGAAAAAGGCUGUAAGCAAGUGACUGUAAGCAUAAAUAUAUUGCUUGUAAAUUUGGACCACCACUUAUCAAGAGUUUUCUGUUUGGUUACUCAUUCAUUUGAUUAUUAUUGAUUAAUGGUGUCAAUUAUAUGUAGGUGGUCAUUGACAAUGAACUUGUAGAAGAUUUAGUUGGUUAUUGAGAUCGAUGGAUAAGACGAAUUGGUUGUGGAAAAAGAGACCUUCUGAGAAGAGCAUUGGUGAAACUGAGAGUUCUGGUUCACUCUCUUCACAUUUAGAAUGACACUCUGAUGAGCAGGAUCCGUUAAAAGAAACUCCAGACAAUGACAACCAAUCACCAGAUGUGACCUCAAAAACAGCAACUAUUGAUAAUGAAGUAAAGAAAAGUCCAAAGAAGUAGAUAGAAAAGUUAUCAGCUGCUCUGGUUAAUGUUAGUGCUAAAGAAGACUUAGUUAAGCAGCAUGUUAAAGUGGCAGAAGAAGCUGUUGCAGGAUGUAGGAUCUAAUGAGCAAAUUGCUGAUCAAGAUGGAAACACCAAUGAACAGACUCCUAACGAACAAGAUGUGGGCUCUAAUGUGCAAAAUGCUGAUCAAGAUGUACGUGUUGCUGAGCAAAUUGCUGAUCCAGAUGGAAACACUAAUAAACAGUUUCCUAAUAAACAAGAUGUGGAUGCUGCUGAGCAAAAUGGUAAUCAAGAUAGAAAUGCUAAUGAACCGAGUCCUAAUGAUCACGAUGUAGGUAUUGCUGAGCAAAAUGCUUAUCCAGAUGGAGACACUGAUGAACAGGUUACUAAUGAACCAGAUGUGGGUGCUACUGAGCAAAAUGCUGAUCAAUAUGGAGGUGCUAAUUAAUAGGUUUCUGAUGAACAAGAUUUAGGAGCUGCUGAGCAAAAUGCUAAUCAACAUGAAAACAUUAAUGAAUAGAAUCAUGAUCAAGAUGGAGUCACCCCAAUGAACUAAAUAGAGUGUAGAUCAACUGGCUGAUGAAAUAGAUAAUAUGAACCAACUAAUGACGAAAAUGCAGAUAUUGAUAGCCUAUUCAUGCUAAUCAAAAUGCAGAAAGAUAUACACUUUUUGAAUAGACUAAUUAGACUUCAUACUUACACAAAAUGUUAAUUCCAUAAUUGCAUGGUAUUCUGUUUUGAGAUUGCAGUAUUGCCAUUCUCUAUAUGUUGCUUAGUUUAUUUUUAAUUUCUCAAUACAGAUCAUUUGUCAAGUAUUUGAGUAUAAUUGACCAGUUAAAAGUUACUACUGAAA